CUGCUGCUUCUUCCGCCCGAUUUUCCCUGCUGGUUGUUCAGUGCGUUUGUGAGAGGGAACAUUGGCGUCCUGUUAUGGAACGCUGCAGCAUGAACAAGCUGACUGGACAAUGUUGGUAAAGUCGGAUUGAAACUUUCUAGAAACUUUCAACAGUGCAGCUGAAGUGAAGAGCCUCUCCCAACCAUAGGUGUGUCGCCGUGUGUGAGAGCGAGAGUGUGCAUGUGAGUCAGCGCUCUCUCCCCAAAGCGUGUCAUGUCGGACCCCAGGGACAUCGAUGAGGACGCCAUCCUCAAGGGCCUGAGCGCCGAGGAGCUGGACCAGCUGGAGUAUGAACUUCAGGAAAUGGACCCCGAGAAUGCCAUGCUGCCAGCUGGCUUCCGGCAGCGUGACCAGACAAAGAAAAGUCCAACCGGGCCGUUUGACCGUGACGCUCUGAUGCAGCACCUGGAGAAGGAGGCCAUAGAGAACCCAGACAGGGAGGACCUGGUGCCCUUUACGGGAGAGAAGAAAGGAAAAGCCUUUGUGGCCAAAAAAAAAGCGGAGAUUCCCGAGCACGAGCAGGUCAUCCUGGAGCCAGAGCUCGAGGAGGCGCUCAAGAAUGCCACAGAUGCCGAAAUGUGCGACAUCGCAGGAACCGUAAGACAACACGAUGACGAUCCACCCAACAACAACAUCCUUAUCUUGACAAACAGGCCGGAGCCUCACGAGAGACGAGGCAGCAUCCAGCUCGGCCUGCUGGUACCGGUGACCAGUUUCCCAGAUCAGAACAUUGCAUUGAAAUGUCCUCAAUGUUUUCUUGCACAUGCAGCUAUUCUGGGAAUGUACACGCUGAUGAGCAACAAGCAGUACUACGACGCUCUGGGAACCACCGGAACCAUCGCCAACACUGAGGGCAUUAACAGUGUUGUGAAAGCAGAUCCCUUUAAGGUCUUCCCUGAUGAGCCUCCCAAUACCACCAACGUGGAGGAGACUCUGGAGAGGAUCCACAGCAAUGACAGCAGCCUGACAGAGGUCAACCUCAACAACAUCAAGGACAUUCCCAUCCCGACACUGAAAGACAUCUUUGAGGCAAUGAAGGGAAACUCUCACGUGGAGCUCCUGAGCAUCGCCGCCACCCGCAGCAACGACCCCGUGGCCUAUGCUUGUGCCGAGAUGCUGCAGGAGAACACUAGCCUGCAGAGUCUGAACAUCGAGUCCAACUUCAUCACGUCCGACGGCAUGAUGGCCGUCAUCAAGGCAAUGGCCAACAACGCCACGCUGGUGGAGCUCAAGAUCGACAACCAGAGACAAAAGUUGGGCGACUCAGUGGAGAUGGAGAUCGCUGCCAUGUUGGAGAACAACUCCAGCAUCCUAAAGUUUGGCUACCACUUCACGCAGCAGGGUCCUCGCGCCCGAGCUGCCAUGGCCAUCACGCGAAACAAUGACAUGAUUCGCCAGCAGAGGCUGAGAUGAAAAACAUGAAGAUGAGUAGAAGAUGGAUGGAGCUGCUGAGCUUAGCACAGGACAUGUGCAAAACAUUUCACUUGUCACUGAGAGCACAAUUUGUCUUUUUUUAAGACAGGACGUGUCCUCUUUGUGCCGCCCAAUGAUUCAUCUCAUUGCGGGGGGAGGAGCAUCUGUAAAUACUUUCAUUAAAAUAUUUAUUCAAA